ACCCAUACAACCCAGGGUCUAUUAUAAACUCUGGACUGCCAGCCCUUUACAGUUCAGUGUUUCUCCCCCAUCGCGGCUCGCACUUCAGAUCUCCGCCCAGCUCUCAAUUCACUUCCAAUGGCGGCGGCAUUGAAGAACGCCCUGCUAAAGCACCUGAGAGUGGAAGUCGUCGCACUGCGAAACCCUACCCCUAACCCGGGCGGCCCAUUGGCGCGGCUGAUCGGAGCAGGCCGCCAUUUCUGCGAGCAGGCCAGGGGCUCCUUCCUCGACAAAUCCGAAGUCACCGACCGCGUCAUCACCGUCGUCAAGAACUUUCAGAAAGUCGAUCCCGCUAAGGUCACCCCAAAUGCUCAUUUCCAAAAUGAUCUUGGUUUAGAUAGCUUGGAUACUGUGGAAGUUGUUAUGGCCCUGGAAGAAGAGUUUUCUUUUGAGAUCCCCGACAAUGAAGCAGACAAGAUCAACACAAUCAGUCUUGCGGUUGACUUUAUCGCCUCACACCCACAGGCGAAAUAGAGCAACGCACGACUGCCCUCAAUUUCCCUUCACUUUUCAUUUAGCAUUACCGCUUUGUGUGUAGAGCAUGUCGUUGAACUGUGUAAGCCGUUUCUCCCCUUUGCCAAACAGUCUCUCCAGUGAUCUGUGAGAUCUUGGCAACAUUUUUCGGACUAAUUCGGAGCUAUAACUUAAGAAUGGUUUUUUUUUUUUAAAUUCAGAAUCUGAAUGUGUUUUUUUUCUUCCUCUUCUAGAACAUAAAUAAUGCUCUGUAAUUGUUGUCAAACGCAUGUAAAUGCACUCAGAAUGGUAUUAUGAUGUUCUUCCAUGCACACUUUGCAAACUGUCUUUAAGUGCAUGUUAGGGUGUUUAGGUAAACAAUAUAAUCUAUUUACUUUGACAACAAACUUUGGUUUCCUAA